UAGACUGUCACUUAUAAGGACGAUCGUUUAUCGAAGUACAAAAAGUGUUGGUUGGCAAAAACCGGAGACUACAGCAGCAACAAAACGAGAUUUCAAGUUUGAUUGAUUAUAUGGCUAGUUACUGUGCUGUGUGGCGUUCAUUAUCAUGUCAACACCAGAAACUAAACUAGAGCUCUACGAUGAUUAUGCUUCAGCAACUGAAUCGAUGGAGGGCCAAAUGUCGGUUCCUUCCACCAGCAGAAAUACCACAGAUCCUGGAGCACCCAAUUUCAGCACACUGGAUGAACCUAUUAAAGAUACAUUCCUCCGUGAUGUAAAAGCAGUUGGUGUGAAGUUUUAUCAUGUACUCAUACCAAAGGAGAAAAACACCUUACUGCGGGAUUGGGACUUGUGGGGUCCGCUCAUCCUGUGCACAUUCAUGGCAACCAUCCUGCAGGGUUCGGCUGAUGACAUGAACGAUGGUGGACCGGAGUUCGCGCAGGUAUUUGUGAUUGUCUGGAUCGGUGCCAUGAUUGUCACUCUCAACUCAAAAUUGUUGGGUGGAAAUAUCUCGUUUUUCCAAUCCGUUUGUGUGCUAGGCUACUGUUUAACGCCCUGUGCAGCAGCACUAAUUGUGUGUCGGAUUAUCCUAGUGGCAGAACAAACAGGCUUUCUGUUUCUCUUGCGACUAAUGGUCUCCGCACUUGGUUUUGGCUGGGCCACUUAUGCAUCGAUAAUAUUUCUCGGUGAUAGUCAGCCAGCAAACCGGAAGGCCCUAGCCGUGUAUCCAAUAUUUCUAUUCUAUUUCAUCAUAUCCUGGCUAGUGGUGUCACAUAGUAACGUCUAAUUAUCGACUGGACGAUAGCAAAUGACUGGAGUGAUAAUUAAUCCUACGUAGUUCUCUAAGUUAUGUACAUAUAUUUAAAGGUAACGUUUUCGUGAAUCAUUUGCAAUGUAGACAAGAUAAUCCGAUGCAUUUUAAAAGCAUGGCAAAAUAGCUGAAUAUAUUCUCCUGUGAGUACGAAACUGAAA